CUGGAUUUCUUCCCUCGCUCCUCAAUUCUUGGGAGAUUUCUUCCGCGUAGCGUUGAGAUUUCGCGAUGGCUGGUGGAGGCCGUGGGAAAUCCGCGGGCAAGAAGGCCGUGUCGAGGAGCGCCAAGGCGGGGCUCCAAUUCCCGGUGGGGAGGAUCGCCAGGUUCUUGAAGCAUGGGAAAUACGCCGAGCGCGUCGGCGCUGGAGCGCCCGUCUACAUGGCCGCGGUGAUGGAGUACCUGGCGGCGGAGGUGUUGGAGCUGGCAGGAAACGCCGCGCGCGACAACAAGAAGAACAGGAUCGUCCCCAGGCACAUCCAGCUCGCGGUGAGGAACGAUGAGGAGCUGAGCAAGCUUCUCGGGCAUGUCACGAUCGCGAGCGGCGGUGUUCUUCCCAACAUCCAUUCGGUGCUUCUCCCCAAGAAAUCGGCCACCUCAGGCGGCAGCAAGGCCACCGAUUCGGACUAGACGGCGCGGCGAUCGCAAGAUCUCCUAGAUUUCUUUCUCACAGUGCAAUGUACCAUACACACACUUGUAAUUCUUUCUAACUUACAGAAAUUUCGAGCUUGGAUCCAUUC